AUGCGAAUAAAAUACAGCGACAUUCCUCUGUUCCUCUCCGCGCUCUUACCCAGCCUGGCCUCGGCGUCCGGCUUCGACUGCGCCCACAUCAACACCGACGGAUACAAAUACGACCUCAGUCCUCUCAAGGGCGUGCAUGAAGUGUACCAUGUUGAGGAGACGGAACAAUAUGUCACAAAUACGAGCUAUGUGCUGAACAUCUGCAACAUCCUGAAGGGGUCCGCGAUCCGCGGUGAUGCCAAGUGCGGGACAUCCAAAAACAUUUGUGGAUUUGUACAUCGAAAUGCCAAGGACGGCCACGGGAGCAGCACGUUCGGCUUCCCCAUUGUCGGCCUCGACCAUCUCGGCCACGGCUCGAAGGAUCCCGAGGUGACGCGGCUGAAGAAGAUCGACGCUGAUCGUGAGGGCCUGCUUGUGAAACUGGCUGGUGGAGAAUACCGCGAGGACUUUGACAAAGGCAAGACCAAGAACGCCGGUGCCACCAUCGAGUUCAAGUGCGAUCCGGACCGGUCUGGGCUUGAAGGCCUGCACACGACCCUCGAAGACCCCGAUCCGGCGAAGCGGCUGCGGCGACGGGCUGGGAACUCUACACAAGGUGACGACGCCAAUGCCGGAGACCGCAGCCUCCAGUUCAAGAGCUUCGGUCAAGAUGGUGAUUCCUACGUGCUGAAGCUGGACUGGCGCACGCGGUACGCCUGUGACGACUACCAGCGUACCAAGGGGAGUGGCGGGUCCGGCCACUGGGGGUUCUUUACGUGGCUGAUCAUCAUUGCCUUCCUGUUGACCGCCGCCUACCUCAUUUUUGGCUCCUGGCUCAACUACAGCCGCUACGGUGCUCGCGGCUGGGAUCUCCUCCCUCACAGCGACAUCAUCCGCGACAUCCCCUACAUCUUCCAGGACUGGCUUCGUCAUGUGAUCAACACCCUGCAAGGGACGGGGACGGGUUCUCGAGGCGGAUACAGCGCGGUGUGA